AUGCAUUGCAUGACAAAAGUGAAAAGGCGAAGUAAUAUUGACAAACAAGGCGGUGGCGGUAGCAAUGGCGGUGACGACGACGACGGGAAUAGGUUUCAGAAUCAGUCGGAAUGUCAGGGAAAGAAUACGAAUCAAGGUUCGAUCGGUGGUCAAUCGAAUCGAGAUUCGAAGCCGGAGGUCACGGCGAAAAAACCAAAAGUCGAGGAAACAUCUCCUCCUCCCCCACCACCGCCGGUACCGGUGUCGGUACCGCCACCGCCACCUCCCUCGACUCCAAUCGAAACAAAGCCCAACGAGGAUUCAACACGAUCUCACAACGGGGAAAAAACGGAUGAUGUCGUUACCCCGAGACUGAAGGCGCUGGACGUCAAAGAAUCAUCUAUUCGUAGAAUUAAUGAAGAAGCUCUUCGCUCAAUAGGGAUCAAGUCUCUUGAUGAUGGUGCGUUACGAAGUUUGGGAAUAAAGGGAUUCGACGAGGGAGAGCUUAAAAACGUCGAAGAUUCCUACGGGACUUAUCUGCAGUAUGCAGCCGCAGCAGAGCCUUACAUAUAUUGGUACGAUGCGUGGCGAACGUCAGCAUUUCGUCCGUGGCCAUCUUUAUCUAUAAAAGAUUCCAAGUCUCAAACAAUACUUAGAGAUAGUAUCCCUCAGUCAGUGCCUGCCUACCUAAGCCAAGGUCCUCCCGUUCUCUUGCAUCCCGAAAGGGUGAUUCCUUUGUCCGAAUCGGAAAGAUUCGAAAGGAGUUUUCAACCUAACGUAGCUUUAGCUCCUGCACUUCAUCAUAGGCCAAAAAUUGAAUGUUCAGAAAAACAGGUCAAGUGCGAACCUGAAUCUAUAGAAGAUAGCAAAAAAGCCGAAUUAUUAUGUCCGCCUCCUCCUGCGACAACCGAAAGGAAAGCCGUUUUAACCGUUGUCGCAUCGUCACGGUACAAUUCAGAAAUUGAAUUAUCAACGGAUACGGAUGACAGUUCGUCGGAAGCAACGGGAGAACACGGAUCGAUUCCCAGAGGGGAAAGAGUCGUGGAACAAGUCGCCGAGGUUUUGGAUGCUCUCAGCGAUGCAAAAGAAGCCACACGUGCAAGAGUAGUUGCCCUAGUCCAACAGUUGGCAUCGAGGUUAAAUUUAGAAGAAGCCAACGUACGAAGGUUAGAAGAAGAAAAUUCAGAAUUGAGGCACGUUCAACGGGAACAAGAAGAUUUGUUAGCGAGUAAAGAUAGGAGGAUAGCUCAACUUCAACAAAGGCUUCAAGAAGCGGAUUCAUCGUCGAACAAGAGCGUGCAACCGUUUCAAGACAAAGUUAUAGCCAUGGAAAAAGAAAUAAGGACAUCACACUCGGAUAUGAACGGAUCGUCGGAACACGGUGCGACGGGUGGUAGGAGUCCAAUAUCCGUCAUCACAUCAUCUCCGAACGUUGUAAUAAAAACGGAACCGACGGAGUGA